GUUUUCGGACAGCCCUGAGCUGGCGGCGUGGGGUCCUUCAGGGGCCUAGGCAAGGCACGUGCGGGAGGAAGUGGCUCUGCCUUUCCGCGCCGCCUGUGGGGGUUUCUCAACGUGGAGUUAUGGGAGGUCUGGAGAAGAAGAAGUAUGAACGAGGCUCUGCCACCAAUUAUAUCACUCGAAACAAAGCCCGGAAGAAGCUGCAGCUGAGCCUGCCUGAUUUCAGGCGGCUAUGCAUCCUGAAAGGCAUUUAUCCUCACGAACCCAAGCAUAAGAAGAAAGUUAACAAGGGUUCCACAGCAGCCCGAACAUUUUACCUCAUUAAAGAUAUCAAAUUUCUUCUCCAUGAACCCAUCGUCAACAAAUUCCGAGAGUACAAGGUGUUUGUUCGGAAGCUCCGCAAAGCCUAUGGGAAGAGUGAAUGGAAUACUGUGGAGCGCCUGAAGGACAAUAAACCCAGCUACAAACUUGACCACAUUGUCAAGGAGCGGUACCCCACAUUUAUUGAUGCUCUGCGGGAUCUUGAUGAUGCUCUGUCAAUGUGCUUCCUCUUCUCCACCUUUCCACGGACGGGCAAGUGCCACGUGCAAACCAUUCAGCUCUGCCGCCGGCUCACUGUGGAGUUCAUGCACUACGUCAUCACUGCCCGAGCCCUGCGUAAGGUCUUCCUGUCCAUCAAAGGCAUUUACUAUCAGGCUGAGGUUCUGGGCCAGCCCAUCGUAUGGAUUACACCCUAUGCUUUCUCCCAUGAUCAUCCAACAGACGUGGACUACAGGGUCAUGGCCACCUUUACCGAGUUCUAUACCACUCUCCUGGGCUUUGUCAACUUCCGCCUCUACCAGUCACUCAACCUUCACUACCCACCCAAGCUUGAAGGUCAAGCCCAAGCAGAGCCAAAGAUCAGCGAGGACACAUAUGCAUUGGACUCUGAGAGCUCUAUGGAGAAACUGGCCGCCCUCAGUGCCAGCCUGGCCCGAGUAGUGGUGCCUGCUAUAGAAGAGGCUGAGGCUGAGGCUGAUGAGUUCCCUACUGAUGGGGAGAUGACAGCACAGGAGGAAGAUCGCAGGAAAGAGCUGGAGGCACAGGAAAAACACAAGAAACUCUUUGAAGGCCUGAAGUUCUUCCUAAACCGAGAGGUGCCCCGUGAAGCAUUGGCCUUCAUCAUCAGGAGCUUUGGUGGGGAUGUAUCCUGGGACAAGUCUUUGUGCAUCGGAGCCACCUAUGACGUCACAGACUCUUGCAUCACCCACCAGAUCGUUGACCGGCCUGGGCAGCAAACCCCCAUCAUUGGCAGGUACUACGUACAGCCCCAGUGGGUGUUCGACUGUGUGAAUGCUCGGCUCCUCCUGCCUGUGGCAGAGUACUUCCCCGGAGUGCAGCUGCCCCCACACCUUUCUCCCUUCGUAUCUGAGAAGGAAGGAGAUUAUAUUCCCCCUGAGAAGCUGAAGCUCCUGGCUCUGCAGCGAGGAGAAGACCCAGGAAACUUGAAGGAGGAAGAGGGGGAUGAAGAUGAGGAUGAGGACGAGGACAACGAAGAUGAUGACAAUGAAGGUGAUGGUGAUGUUGCAAGGGAGAAUGAGGCAGAGGAAGCCAUAGAAGCGGAUUCGGAGGAGGAAGAGGAGGAAGCGCACCUGUCCACCUUGGAGCAGCAAAGGCUAGAAGGAAAGAAGCCCCGGGUAGUGGCCGGCACCGUGAAGCUGGAAGAUAAGCAGCGGCUGGCCCAGGAAGAAGAAAAUGAGGCCAAACGCCUGGCCAUCAUGAUGAUGAAAAAGCGGGAGAAGUACCUUUACCAAAAGAUCAUGUUUGGCAAGCGGCGCAAAAUUCGAGAGGCCAACAAGCUCGCAGAGAAAAGGAAAGCCCAUGAUGAUGCUGUGAGGUCUGAGAAAAAGGCCAAGAGGACAAGGCCUGUGUGAGCUUCAGUCAUCCCUCACUGAGAUUUGGACAUGCAGAAGCGAAGCACACACACCAGCCAACACCCUUCAUACUUUCGGUGGUGUGUGGCCAGCCCGAGCCUUCGUAGGGUUCAUGCUGGCAUCUGGACAAAGAGGCCUCUACCCAACCCAGUUCUUACUCCAGGAGACUGUCUGGCAUCCUCAUUUUCCCUGGCUUUCUGAAGCCUCCUACCUAUCUGCACAUCCUGUGCCAUGGAGAAAUGGCGGGGAGCUUUUGUUAUUAAAUGGCUGGACUUUUCGCAGCCAAUUGGA